AUGCCCGUCACCCGUCGAUCAGCUCGACUGAGGGGCGAAACCCCAACCUAUGAAUUUCCGCACGCUGAACGAAAGCCGUCGCGCGCCACGCCCAAGUUGCCAUCUGUUACUGAAAGAGACUCAGUGUCAAGCCCAAAGCAAACCCCUAAUGCUCACCCCACAACUCCCUUGAAAUCCGCGAUUACUUCUCCGAUUAGGGCUCUCUCCAGCUUAAAAAAAAUUAUGAAAACUCCAACUACGGCUGGCCCUUUGCGGCCUUGUCACGAAGAUAUGCAUCCAAGCAAAGCUCAACAAAGCACUGCGAAACAGCUAGACACUGGGCGUGUACUCGGCUUUCGGCCAAUUGAGAUGGACCCCAAUUCACCUACCCGCCCUCUAUUAACGCUAUCAAAUACGCCGUCGAAGGGGGGGCUAUCACAUCCGGACCAGCUUGAGGAGUUAAGCUACGAUUUCAAACUCUCCUGCGACAAUUCUGAGCUCAGCACCGAGGCACAAAAGAUUAUGAGAAGUAUUCGAGAAGAUGCUGCUAGAAUCAAGGCAGAAAUGAUAAUGAAAGAGGGCGAGCGAAAACAAGCCGAUACUGACAAAACAACUGGGGGAGAGAGGAAAAUCGCUAAAGCAAAGGGCAGGAUCGGGCGCUUUAGUAACGCUCAUAUGGCCCAGUUCAAGAAGAUGGACUCAAUUGCGAACCACCCUUCUUCAUUUAGAGCUCGAUCAGACCGCAUCCAACCUGGUGUUACCAAAAGCCUUAAGCGAACGAUUUCGAAAGCCCACCUUACUGAGCACGAAAGCUCUACAAUUCCGCUUGCUACUUCGACAGCGAAGAAGCCCAAGACCAAAGCGGAUGAUGAUACUUCUACUCGGCGACCUCUCUCUAAGGACGGCCAGGCCGGUAAUAGACCUCAUCCUACUGUCAAAAGCUCUGGCCCAGAAACCACUCCGUAUAAGCCAGCACUCGCACAUUCUGCAAGCGUAAAAAACAUUCCCGCCACAAAAAUACCUUCAUUAUCUCGCUCUCCUUCGAAGCCAGACUUUGCGUCACGAACUCCGCACACAGACCUCAAGCUGAAACCCAGGCAGCUGACUCCUAGCCUUGGCGGUCUCAAGUCAAUCUUGCGUCAGCACCAACCUCUUUUCUCCAAUGACCCCGUGAAAAUUGCCGCUGGAACGCAUCAACCCUUUUCGACUUCUGAUUUCGGGCGAAAGCUCCUGGGCCAGGAUAACAACAAUCCUAUCCCGCCGCCGUCUGUCAAGAAACAUGUUGACUUCUCAGAUACCGCGACUUUUUGUGAAGGCUCCCCUGAAGCGCCGAAGUACCCUGAAACUCCCCAUCUAGAUACCGGCGAUGAGAACGAUGAAAUUAUCUAUCCCGCCCUUCCACCUCUCAGCACACCACAAGACGCGAAGCGUCCUCCCUUUGUUUUGAAUUCAACUUCGCAAAGACCUUUGGAGACAUCUAGCCCACGUCGACAACUUCUCUUUUCUCCAGCUGGUGGUAUUCCACACGGUAUUAUGAACAAGAAAAGACAUCGGGAGGGAGCUGAGGAUGACCUACCUGAAAGCAAGAGAUCUACUGAGAUCUCUAGUGAACAACGAAGCGCUAAGAGAGUCAAAACUCAUCCUUCAACGCUACCAAAAGUCCAAACGCCAAGCCCCGUCAAGCAGCGCCCUGCAGCAGGGGGAACUCCUCGAAGUAUUGGUCGGACUAUGAGUAGCUCCGUGCAUCGAAAAUCUGGACUAAGUUUAAGCCGAUUGAGCUUCCUCGCAAGACCAAAACAACGGGGUUAG